GAAGAAGAAAGAAAGAAGAAAGAAGAGGAAGAUAAAAAGAAGAAAGAAGCUGAAGAAAAAAAGAGGAAGGAAGAAGAAGAAAAGAAGAAGAAGGAGGAACAAGAAAAAAAGAAAAGAGAAGAGGCUGAAAAGAAAAGAAAGGAGGAAGAAGAUAAGAAAAGGAAGGCAGAAGAAGAAAUGAGAAAAAGAGAAGAAGAAGAGAAGAGGAAGGCAGAGGAAGAAGAGAAGAAAAAGAAAGAAGAAGCAAAGAAAAAGAAAGAGGAAGAAGAAAGGAAAAAACAACAAGAAGAAGAAGAAAGGAAAAAGAAAGAAGCCGAAGAAGAAGAAAAAAAGAAAAAAGAAGAGCUUGAAGCUGAGAGACAAAGAAGGAAAGAUGCUAAAAAAGAAGGAAAAGAAGCCCAGCGAAAGAAGAAAGAAGCAGAUCAAGCUAAAUUAGCGGAAGCUGAGAGACUUCGAAAGGAGAAAGAAGAGCAAAAGAAGAAAGAAGAAGAAUUAAAAAAAUUAGAGGAAGCGAAAAGAAAAGAAGAAGAAGAAGAAAAGGAAAGAAAGAAGCGAAAAAGCGAAGAAGAGAAAAGAAGAAGGGACGAGGAAGAAAGGAAGAAACGAGAAGCGGAAGCGAAAGCGGCACAAGACGCAGAAGAUCAAAAACGCAAGGAGGAGGAGGCGAAAAAACUGGCCGAAGAUCGAGAGAAGAGAAAACUGGCCAAAAAAGAAACAAAGGAAAUGGCAAGACUAAAGAAAGAAAAACUACAGAAAGAUAAAGAAGAAUUAGAUAAAAGAAAAGCGGAGGAAGAAGCUACAAGGAAAAAGAUGGAAGAGGAGGCAAAACUGGCAGCACUGAUGAAAAAGGAAGAAGAACUGGCAAAAGAAAAAGAACGGCUUAAAAAAGAACACGAUGCAAAACUACGAAAUUUAGAAGAUAUGAAGAAGAAGAGAGAAGAAGAAGAAAACGAAAAGUUAAGAAUGCUAGCGGCCGAGAAAGAAAGAACACAGCAAGAAAUAGACGAGAAGCGACGACAGAGGAAAGAGCAAGAAAAGGCAAGAAAAGAAGAAGCAAGAUUGAAGAAAGAGAAAGAAAUGAGGGAUAAGGAAGAAAUGGAGGCUGCAAAAAGAGAAGCAGAAGAAAAAAGAUUGAGAGAAGUAAUGAAGCUCAAGGAAUUGGAGGAAAUUGAAAAAGAGAGGCAAGCUCUUAAAGAAGCCAAGGAAGAAGAAGCGAGACGGGAGGAAGAAAUGAGGAUACAGAGAGAUAAAGAACUAAGAGAAAAACACGAUCGAGAUGCCAUAGAACGAGAGAGAAGGAAAAAGAUGGAAGAAGCUCGAAAAGAACGAGAAAAAUCUUUAAUUCAAAAAGAACUUGACAAGAAACAGAAGCACAAAGAAGAGAUCGAAAGAAAACGCGACGAGUUGAGGAAACUAAAGGAAAAAGAAAAAGAAGAAAGGGAAAAAGAAUGGAACAGAUUAGAAGAAAUGAAGAAAGAAUUGAAAGGCAAGAACAAAGAAAGGAAGCCUGACAAUUUCGAUCAGUUUUUUAACUGGAUAAUGAGCGGUGACGAUGACAUAACUAACUCUAAGAAUGUACUUUUCGCCGAUGACGAUUUCACGGUAGCAGAAGAUACUCGUGCACCAGAAGAGCAGAAGAUACUCGUGUACCAGAAGAGCAGGAGAUACUCGUGUACCAGAAGAGCAGAAGAUACUCGUGUACCAGAAGAGCAGGAGAUACUCGUACAGCCGAGUAUCGGAAGGCAGCAGAUAUUAAUCAACAUCAAGCAGCGUAUCGACAUCAGCCUGUCCAUAGCGUCCGACUCGGCACGAAUUAUUUGCCCAUCUUUAAGACGUACGGCGAUUGUUCACCACAAAUCUGCCAUUCAUUCACCCCGUCCACUGCGAAUAUUUCACAGCCUGACGAUGAGUUUAGCGAAUUACCUGCGAGAUAAACGGGCGACCGGCGCGUCCACUGAAAAAAAGAAGCGAGUCAAGAUGACGCCGGAGGAGAUACUGAAGGAGAGGGAGAGAGAACAAGAAGAGAAGAAGAAGCAAGAAGAAGAGCAGCGCUUGAAAGACGAGGCGAGGCGACAAGAGGAAGAGAAAGAAAAGCGCAGACUUGAAGAAGAGGAAAACAAAAGAAGAGAGGCAGAGGAGAAAAAGCGGAAAGAAGAAGAGAAAAAGAAAAAAGAAGAAGAAGAUAGAAGGAAGAAGCAAGAAGAAGAGAGAAGGAGAAAAGAAGAAGAAGAGCGAAAGAAAAAGGAGGAAGAAGAUAAGAAAAAGAAGGAAGCCGAAAGAAAGGCGGAAGAAGAAAAAGAAAAAGCUAAUAAAAAGAAAGAGGAGGAAGAGCGAAAACGAAAAGAAGAGGCAGAGAAAAAGCAGAAGGCAGAAGAAGAGGAAAAAAAGAAGUUGCAAGAAGAACGAGAAAAACGAAAGGACUUGAAAAAAGAAGAGAAAGAAAAACAACGUCAGCGAAAAGAAGAAGAAAUCAAGAGGAGGGAAGACAUUGAAAACAAGAAGAAAGAAGAAGAGAAGAAAAGGAAGGAAGAAGAGGAAGAAAAGUCACGCAAAGAAAAGGAAAAACUUCGUAAUGAGGAAGAAGCUGCAAAAAGGAAACGAGAAAAAGAAGAAAAGUUGCGGCAAAAAGAAACUGAAAAACUACAGGAAGAAGACAAUGAACGAAAGGCUAAAGAAGAUGAAAAGAGACGGAAGGAAAUAGAAGAAGAGCGAGCAAGGAGAAAAGAUGCAAAGAAACAAACUAAAGAAGUGGCCAGAACCAAAAAAGAAGAAGAAGAACUGAGAAAGCAAGAAAUAGAGAAACAAAAACAAUUAGAAGCUGAAAAUAAAAAGAGGGAGGAAGAAGAAAAAAAGAGAAGGGAAUUAUCAAUGAAGGAAAAAGAAUUACUAGAGAAAGAGAAACAGCUGAGAAAAGAACACGAAGAAAAAUUAAAGAAGGAGAGAGAAGAACGAAAGAAAUUGGAGGAAGCGAUUAGGAAAAAAGAAGAAGAGGCAAAGGAACAAGAAGCAAAAAGAAAGCUGGAAGAAGAAGCCAAAAGGGCAGAAAUCGAAGAGCAAAGAGCGAGGAAAAAAGAAUCAGAGAAGCAGCGAAAGGAAGCAGCACGACUGAAGAAAGAGGAAGAAUUGCAGCGUAGAGCUGAACAGGCAAAAAGGAAGAAGGAAAUGGAAGAGAGAGAAAGAGAGAUGAAAGAAUAUGAACGGUUGCAGAGGGAAAAAGAGGAAGAGGCCAGACGUAGAAAUGAAGAAAAACAGAAAAAGGCAGAAGAAAUUGAACGACGUCAAAAUGAACUGCGACUAAAACAUGAAAGAGAUGAGAUAGAGAGAGAAAGAAGAAGAAAAAUGGAAGACCAAAGAAAAACCAGGGAGAAAAUGCUCCUCGAGAAAGAAUUAGAAAAAAGGGAGAAGUUGAAAGAAUCCAAAAACAAGAAACUGGAAGAACUUCGCAGUGCGAAGCAGCAGGAACAAAUGGAAAGGGAUAAAGAAUGGAAGAAGCUGGAUGAUUUGAAGUCAGAAUUGCAGGGGAAGAAGAAAAGUACAGACAGCAAGAAGGAUGACAAACUGGAAAAUUUCUACGGAUGGCUCAUGAACGGCAACGAUAACGACAUAAGUCAGUCUAAGAACAUCCUAUUCGAUGAUGACUAAGACAAAACCUUCAAUACAACGAAAUAAAUUUUCUACUCUAUUAGGCCUGGUGCAGUAACU